AUGACAGUCCGACGCAUUAUUCCCUCCGACCCAGUUACUUCGGAGUCAUCAACAGACCCUUUCGCCCUCCCCUCGCAACGGCGGUAUCUCCUCGUCAACGCUCGUGUCGUAGAGCCCCUCUACUCCUCCGUCACAGACCUCACCUGCGUACGCCUGGCCGACGGUCUCAUCCACUCCAUCGGCCCUCACGUCUCCCCCCAAGAUGGAGACACAGUCAUCAAUCUGCAGGGCAAGUACCUGUGUCCUGGGCUGAUGGACUGCCACGUCCACCUCGCUGCCGUUCCGAACGGCCAGUCCUUCAACUUGACAGCGGACGACGUCGGCGUCUCUUUGCUCCGCCAGCCGUGGGUCUGCGAGCAGAUGAUUAAGCGUGGCUUCACAACGGUACGAGACACAGGUGGCGCUAGUCUCGCGUUGAAAGAGGCCAUUGAAGCGGGCGUGUUCCCCGGUCCGCGUGUCAUCUCCAGUGGUAAAGCCCUCUCGCAAACAGGCGGCCACGGCGACGUCCGGAGUGCGCAUCAGUGCUGCUCGUCGGGGAUAUUGAGCACUGUUGUCGAUGGCGUGGCCGAGUGUACUCGCGCGGCGCGGGAAAAUCUUCGCACGGGCGCUGACUUUAUCAAGAUCAUGGCCAGCGGGGGUGUCGCUUCUCCGACGGACAAGCUCACCGAUACCCAGUUCACCAGUGGGGAAGUGCAGACUAUCGUCGAGGUGGCAGAGAGUUGCGGGACCUAUGUCACUGCCCACGCGUACACGCCUGCAGCGAUACGACAUGCUGCGGACAACGGUGUCCGGGGCAUUGAGCAUGGCAAUCUGUUGGACCGUCCUACCGCGAAGCACAUGUCCAAGCUGGGUAUCACACUGACGCCAACGUUAGUGACGUACGAGGCGAUGGGCAUGGAUAGGUACAAGGACUUCCUGCCACCCGCGAACCAGGCGAAGAACAAGGUCGUGCUGGAGAAGGGACUGGAGGCUAUGCGGAUCGCGCACGAGGAGGGCGUCCUGAUCUGCCACGGGAGCGAUCUGCUCGGUCCCCUGCAGGUAGAGCAGUCCAACGAGUUUACGAUACGGAAAAGGGUGUUGAGUGAUGGCGAGGUGCUCAAAGGUGCGACGAUCAACGCGGCGAGGCUCAUAGGACGGGAUGAUCUGGGCCAGAUCAAGGACGGCUUUGUAGCGGAUGUGCUUGUUUUGGAAAAGAAUCCGCUGGAGGAUGUCAGUGUUUUGAGCGACUGGGAGACCACGGUCAAGACUGUUGUCAAGGAGGGGAGGGUUCUUGUCAGUCGCUGGGAUGGAUGGCUGGUGGACGUGAGAGGGGCAAUCACAGGCUGA